GCCGCGGGCGCGUCCGCCCGGCCCUGAGGCGGGGCCGGCUCUGAGGGCGCGGGACGCGGGGGCGGCCGCGGAUCCCUUUAGAAGGCGGCUGGAGCCCGGGCAGGUACCGCGGGCACGGGGCUGGGAGAAGUGAGGUUUCAUGAGUCAAACUGGGCUGUUGGGAGUUCCUUUUGAAGAUGUAUAUGUUGGUUGAAAAACGCACAAAUUCCCAUCUUCAUCUAAAGAGGUCACCUGGCAUCCGAUCCUGGUCUCUCUGUGUUGGAAUAGCCUCCAUAGGUUUGGCUGCUGCUUAUUAUAGUGCAGACAGCUUGGCAUGGAAGCUCUUCUACAUGGCUGGGUGUUUCUUUGUGGCAGCCCAGAAUCUGGAGCAGUGGGAGGAAGCUAUAUUUGAUAAGAACAAGGGAACAAUCUGCCUAAAAACAUUCAAUCUCUACAAAAAGAUACUGACCUUGUCGAAAGGAGGCAAUGAACAAGUGGUGGCUGUGCUGAACGAGAUCCGCGAUGUGAACGUGGAGGAGGAGACCGUGCGCUAUUUCGGGAAGGGUUACCUGGUUGUGCUGCGCUUUGUCACUGGAUUCUCACACCCGCUCACCCAGAGCGCAGUGCUGGGCUGCAGAAGUGAUGUGGAAGCAGUUGCCAAACUCAUUACGAGUUUUCUGGACCUGGACAGAGUAGAGACCCCGCAAGAUUUCUCCCAGAGCAGCGAAACAGAGAAAAAGAAAUCCCUCACAAGCUUGACCUGGGCAUUUCUCAACGUGCAUUUAUGAUGGGUGGAAUAUGUCUUAGGGCACAUUGUUUAGUGCUAAACUGCUUCAAAACCCUGCAUGUGGACACUGCUGGCUUUUGAGCUUUGUCAGCUCAUCAAACUUGUCUAGGAAUAGUUAUUUAUUAAUGAAUUGGUUUGAAAUAAUUGCAUUUCCAUUAAUGAAGAUACUGAUGUGAACUUCUGCUUACUGCAAACAUUUGCUGCAGGUACAGUAUAUGCAAUGUAGAAGAGUUGCAUUUGUAACUCUUUUUUUUUGGUAAUAAUAUUUGUAUUAUUACAUUAUUACAUUACAAAUAUUGCAUUAUUUGUAAUAAUACAAUGCUUUGAGGUUUCCCUUUUAAUACAUGCAAUUAGGAGUUGCAGAGUAGUGGCACUUUUAUGUUCUCUACUACUGACUUGCCAUUGGGUAUCUGUGGAAAUUAAAGUCUGAGUGCCUCUCUUGGAAUUCUAAACAUCAGGUUGAUAACUUGUAACAGUGUCUUAACUUAUCUCAGACUCACCCAGGUGCCAUAAAUAGCAAAGUCAAAAUAAUCAUGAUGAAACAUCUUUGGGAUGUUCUACCUUAAUCCUGUUCUGCUUAACUUCUAGGCAGGAUGGAACAAUCUUUUUCGAGACCUCAAUGUUUACUAUUUAAACUGUGUAUUUAGAAAGGAAACAGGGGCAUUUGUAACUUCAGGUAGGGAAAAGACUGAUGUCAAACAAGGUGGUAGCCUAGAGCUGUUGAGUAUUUCCUCACUUGAAAUGAUACCGAAGUGCUAAAUAAUAACUUUUUUAAGGUAGCUGGCAUAGACUAAAUGUUUGACUUGGACCUGUGUUUUACUCCAGGUGUGUGGUGUCCUCUGUUCUGACCAAUGGUUUCACAAAUAGUUAAAAUACAAAUUUUUUCAAUGUAUUUCUGAAGCAAAAGCUACCUCUGUUAGUCAACAUGCUCUGUCUAGAACUAGAACUCCAUCAUGCUUAAAUUAACAUGUCAGUACAAGAAAAAAUUGUAAAAAGCUGCAAGUUCCUUCAGCAUGCUACAGCUGCUUGUACUAAAGUUCACUAGGUUUUAUUUAGGAAUCUUAUGGUCUUUAGAUAUGAUUUAGAAAAUAUUUACACAGUUAAAUCUAGGAGAUCUGAACAGGUACGAGGUAAGUGUUGUCUCCUUUCAUGGUUGGCCAGCUGCAAAUGUCUCCUGGCAGCAGUUUCUGCAGGAUUUAAAAGAGCCUGUGUGCUUUAAAAGAGCCUCUCUACAGAGAAAAGGCUCUGAAGAGUUUUUGGUAGAAGCCCCAUCCUGUUGUGUGUUUCAGUUUGGUUUGAAGCUGAGCACCUGCUCAUCAAAGAACAGAUUUCAGCCAUUCAGACCUAGGAUGUGAGCAGAGAGGCAGAGGCUGGUGCUCUCAGUGGAAGGUUCUCACACUGCAGCAGGGGCAUGGCUGUUGAUGUAGCUUGCUUGCAGAAGAGAACUAGGUCUGUUUUCUUUAAACAAGAUAAAAAACUUGUAACCACAUCAGGUAUCAGUACAGACCUCUGCAAUACACGUUCCUGAAAGUCCUCUGAGUUGUUGGGGUAAUCACGGGGCUUUCAGUGCCUACCCCAUACCACUGGAACUGGGAAGCUGCUGUGUAUGAAUCUGGGAAAAUUAGGUUGCAGGCAAUUAGCUAAAUGUGCCUUUAUUCUGAAGCACAGCUGUAAGCUAAGCAUAAUCAUCAAACCUGUUUACAAAGUGUUACACCCUGCAAUAUUUUUUUAGAGUUCCUCAUUUAAAUCCACUGUCAUAUAUACCCCAGGUGAUACUCACUCUAGAGAGAGGACAAUGAGAUUGGGGAUUUGGAGAACUCUUUUUUUCUCCCCCACACUGUAACAUGAGAAUGGUGAGUGUUUUAAGGACUUCCAGUAGGAAGUAUGUAAUGGUACUGUGUAAGCACAAGGGCUCAGCCUGUGGUAGCUGCUGCUUUGUAUCAGUGAUAUUCACAGGGCAUUCAUGGUGUGCAGUGCAGUUACUCUGAGCCCAUGGAGUGUGUGUUUGUGUGUUUUAUCCAUGGAGCACCAUGGAUAAAACACACAAAACUACCUCCCUUCAGUCUUAGCUCUACUGGCUUUUGUUUGUAUUCUCAUGAGAGCUGACAUUUCAUGGAAGAUAGAAACCUACUGCAGUUCUCCAGUUAAAAAUCAGCUUUUGAGAGGUACAUCUGUUGGUGUGACCCUGCACUGCUCCCCGUGUCCUGCUUCUGCUGAGCUGUAGUGCAUCCUGCUUGCUGUGCAUUCGUGGUGUCACUCAUGUCUAUACUUAAACACCAUGCAAUAUUUUAUACAAGGACUAAAACAACAUAAGGAAAAUACAGAAUCUAUAGAAAGGGGAAUGACCUAUAGUAAGGUACAAUGUAACUUGAAAUACAACCUGUGGAGUGAUUUCACCCUCAUCCUGUGGAGUGAGUUGCAUGUUAGGUUGAUGUCGGUGAUCACCUCUUUAGAGGUGUUUUCCAGUAUCCUCCUCACUCCUCAUUGUCCUGCUGUGUUAGGCAGGAGGGGGAUGGCUGCUGCCAUGCACUGUGUGUGUAGGAGGAAUAUUUUGACUCCUCAGCCUUUCCCUCGGAGCAGCUGGCGUCAUCCUCUCUCGUGCCAUUUCCAUUUUGCAUUUGGCAGCUGUCACUGUAGCGAGCAGCGCAGUUGCAGUGGGAGCUGUGUUCUGCAGUCUGAGCUAACAGGAUGGCUAACAGGACACUGUGCCAGGCUGUGGGUGCUGCCUGUGGGGAUGUGUCAGGCACUGCUGGCUGAUCCCCCCAGGAGCUUCCUGUGGCACUGAUGUGUCUGAGCCUCUGAGCUUGGCAAUGGGACACUGCACCAAUGUUAGCACAGGCUGAUGGGGUUUUCUCUUGAUCCACAUGUGGAGCUUCCUGCCCUCAAAACCUUUGUCAUUUGUAGUUGGAAGAUGUGGCCAGAUGCAGUGCAGUUACUGUGUGCGUGUGCAAUUGCUGUUCACAUGGAUUUGGUUGUGGCAGUGUCUGUGCACUCCUCAGCAAUGGCAUCAGAACUGUGGAAAGCAGGUGCAACUCGGGACCGGUUCUACUCUUCCCUCUUGGGACAAGUCCUUUCUCAUCCUCCUUUUCUGCCACUUCUCACCAUUCUGCUGAAGGCAUUCCUGGAUGGUUUUCCUCACUUCUCUUGGGCCCAGUAAACAGAGCCUUACAUGUUUCUAGCGUAAAGUGACUUGGACUCAAAGGAAUCAUGUGAAAGACUAGCUUUGAUUAGGAAAUUAGGUACUCCUAGAAGAUUGUUCCAGAUGUAGUCAAUAACUUUUGCAUCUCAGGCUAUCAGAGACUUGUGCCUGGACAGCUGUAGUUUGCAUGACUUAUAAAUGAUUUAAAACCCUGCAUAGCAGGCCUUAGGUUAUAGCUAACACCCUGACCUCUAAACCCAAGCCCUCUUGCCAUGUCCUUUACUGUAACUGUAUGGUAAGUGCCACUUAGCAGAUGCUUCAGCUCAUGCUUGAGCAGCACAGUGGCAGUUCCUCGCAUGGCUGUGCUGGGAUGGCACUGGGGCUGUGGCUGCUGCAAAAGCCAGAGUGCAUCUGUGCAGAGGGGGAGCACUGCUUUGUGUGAGGUGUAACCUCCUAUUCCAGUACUUCACAAUGAAACAUUCCGUACCUGGCAUCAAUUGUGCAAGUCUCAAAGAAAAUCCAAAUAUUUAUAGUUGAGAUCUGGCUCUCGGGGUGUAUUUAUGAAGUUAUACAGAUAUGAAAACCUCAGCUGGCUCACAUAAUAAAGAGUGCUAGUUCUGACAGUGUCGUAGAUGGCUGGGAGGCAAAAAUACUGCAGGAAAAUGUUUAGAAAUUGCCUUUUUUUUUUUUUUUUUU